UGUCCACCGAGCCAAAAGACGAAUUCAAAACCUCGUCGCUGGAAGGGUUUUAACUCGGAUCUCGACAUCGGAAUCGGAGGAAGAAGGGAAGAUCAGAGGAGGAAACGAUAAGCUAACCGUAGAAGGCGAUCUGAGAGAGAUGGGGAAGAACGCAGCUUGGAGCGUUAGCUCUUGCAAGCCCGGCAAUGGCGUCAACACUCUCCGAGACGACGAUCUCGAAACCUUUUGGCAAUGGAUUGCAACCACAUCUGAUUAACAUCCAAUUCCAGAAGAAAGUGAGAUUACAGUUGGUGGUUUUGUACUUGGACUUUAAGCUGGACGAGAGCUAUACACCCAGUAAGAUCUCUAUUCGUGCUGGUGAUGGCUUUCAUAACUUAAAGGAGAUAAAAAGUGUGGAACUUGUAAAGCCAUCUGGUUGGGUUUGUGUAUCUAUGUCUGGAACUGAUCCACGGGAUACAUUCGUCAAUACAUUCAUGUUGCAGAUAUCCAUUUUGUCAAACCACCUAGACCGUGCGUAUGCCUUUUCGAUUGCAGGAAUCGUAUUCCGCGCCAACCAUUUCAGUUUACUUCAACGGAGUUUCUCACUUAUUCCACACUGAGAUGAGAAAGUUUAAUUGUGAAAGAUUAUAUGUUGUUGUGUAAAGCUUUCUGUUUAUAUAUUACGUUGGAUACAACAAUCAUUACAUUCAUUAAAGCUUAUCCACCGAAGAGCCC